CUAUGUAUAUUUUUUCACUUAACUAAAACAAAACUCCCAUGGAAGAAAAACAUCAAUCUCCCAUUAUUUUCAAUAACUAUCAAACAAUUUCUUCUUCAUCUCUAACAAAAAGAUCAAUAACCUUAAAAUCAUCAAAACAACAAACCAAUAGAAACAAGAAAAUCAAAUCCAGUACUGAAAAAACCAAGAAAAUGGACGAUUCAAAACACCCAAUUUACCACGGUGUUCGAAAACGAAGCUGGGGUAAAUGGGUGUCUGAAAUUCGCGAGCCGAGGAAAAAAUCAAGGAUUUGGCUUGGUACAUUUUCUACAGCUGAAAUGGCUGCCAGAGCACAUGAUGUAGCUGCAAUUGCCAUUAAAGGUCACUUAGCUUUACUCAAUUUCCCUGAAUUAGCUCAUCAAUUUCCUAUACCAUCUUCGAAAUGCGCUAAAGAUAUUCAAUCUGCAGCCGCAAAGGCUGCAGCUUUGAAUAUUUCACCAAGAAAUUUUAUGGAAAAACAGAGUAAAGGUGAGUUAAUGGAAAUGCUCUGUUCUCCUGAAGAAACAGAGUCAUCAGAAUCAUCAUCUUCGUCUUCGUCUUCGUCUAAUAAUGAGGAUCCUUUUCUUGAUUUGCCUGAUAUUCUUAUGGAUCUUACUCAAAAAUUUGAUAAAUUUUGUUACUAUAAUUCACCAUGGGAUUUGGCUGGAGCUGUAAGCUUUUGGCCUCAAGAAGAGCUCUAUUUGUGGGAUUACAACCAUGACACUGAAACCCCACUCGAAGUUUCACAGCCGUAAUAAUAUAAUUUUUCGACGAAAUGUGAAUUUAGAUUAUAACAAUGAAAUCAUAGCAUCAAAAAAAAAAGUUAUAGUUCGCCAAUAGUAUUGAAUGCCGAUUGUUUAUUUA